UGUAAGGGUUUGUUCGAAGUGAGUACACAUAAAAAUUUAGCAUCUCCUCAAUCUCUGGAGAUAGAUUUUUGAUAUUCUGCUUCCUCCCAUUGAUUGAGUAAUCAUUGAUAUGUAGUGAAAAAAAGUGUUUUCUAAUUGUAAAUUUGAAUAGAGAACAUAAAUUAUUAGUAGAACUAAGUGUUUUAUAUCGAAUUUUAGCAGUUAUAAUUAUUAAAUGUGCAUAGAUUUUGUGAAAAGAAAAGAAAUGUGAUUUUUCCGGUUGCGGCUCCGCCAUCUUAAAAGUGUGGAUGUGUGAAAAAUGUCUAUCAUAGGGAAACGGGUUGGAAUGAAAAUGAAACGAAACAACACGAUUACGAACGUCAACGAAUAGCAGCGGUGAAUUUGUCAGUGGAAGAAGACCAUCGCAACGUUACGAAAGCAAUUUUGUGGCUCUAUCAAGACUUUAGAUAAAUUAGCACUGUGCGUUAGCUUAAAUUUCUGGUUGAUCCACGUAGCAUCAUCAAAUUAAUAUAUACAAAAUGUUCGUGUCAACAGUCUCCCGUAUUGCCCCCGUCGCCAGGACCGCUCUCCUUAACGGUUCAAAGCAAUACUUGCGACCAUUGAGCAGCGCUGUGAUUAGCCAGAGCCAAUCCUUGGCAGCUCAGAACACAACGCCCGUUGCUUUACUGCCACAAAUUAGGUCAUUCCAGACCUCUCCAGUCACUCGUGACAUCGAUUCUGCUGCCAAAUUCAUUGGUGCUGGUGCUGCAACAGUCGGUGUUGCCGGUUCUGGUGCUGGUAUCGGAACAGUGUUCGGUUCCCUCAUCAUUGGUUAUGCCAGAAAUCCAUCGUUGAAACAACAGUUGUUCUCAUAUGCUAUCUUGGGUUUCGCCUUGUCUGAAGCUAUGGGUCUUUUCUGUCUUAUGAUGGCCUUCUUGCUGCUCUUCGCUUUCUAAAGUGUAUGUCAUUGAAAGUUUAUAAACAACAGUAAUAGCAGUAACAUCAGCUACACCAUUUAUUGUUUUUAAAAAACAUCCAAGAAUAAAAACACGUUUAUUUAAGUUUAAAACGAAAAUAAAAAUACUAUGAUAAAAAAUUAGAAA